AUGGCGGGUCGGAAACUUUUGUCUGCGCAGCAAAUCGCAGAGCACAAAACACCCGAAGACUGCUGGAUAGUUGUCGACAAUCAAGUGUGGGACGUGACCGACUUUCUGGAGGAACACCCUGGUGGAUCUACAAUCAUCAUGAAGUAUGCAGGCCGUGAUGCGACGCAAGCUUAUUCAGAAGUGCACCCGCCCAGCGUUUUGAAAACAAACCUGAACGUCGACAAGUUCAAAGGCAUCCUCGACGACUCUACGAUCGAUGAAGAAUGGAUCAAACCGCCACCGGGCCAGAAUCUCAAGGUGCUUCUAGAUAACGAGAAACCGCCGCUGGGGACCUUGAUCAACUCGCACGAUUUCGAGGUUGUAGCGUCAAAGACGGCUAGCAAUAAGACGUGGGCCUUUUACUCGAGCGCAGCCACAGAUUUGAUUACGCGCGAUGCGAAUAAGUCGUGUUUUGACCGUAUAUGGUUCCGUCCGAGGGUUUUGAGAAAUGUUCGUGAGGUCAGCCCUCGCACCAAGAUUCUAGGAGGCGACUACAAGCUGCCGCUUUUCGUUAGCCCGGCGGCCAUGGCGAAACUGAUUCAUUCUGAUGGAGAGUGUGCUAUUGCGCGGGCUUGCGAGAACAAAGGCAUCAUGCAGGGUGUUUCCAAUAACUCUUCCUAUACCAUGGACGAGCUGAGGACAGCUGCCCCAUCAGCUAGCUUCUUCUUCCAGUUAUAUGUUAACCGCGACCGCGAAAAGUCCGCUGCCCUGCUCCGACAGUGUUCAGCCAAUCCCAACAUCAAAGCCAUCUUCGUGACCGUCGACGCGGCCUGGCCCGGCAAGCGCGAAGCCGACGAGCGCGUCAAGGCCGACGAGAGCCUCUCAGUACCCAUGUCCCCCUCCAAGGCACAAAAUGACAAGAAGGGCGGUGGUCUCGGUCGGGUUAUGGCCUCAUUCAUUGACCCGGGCCUGACCUGGGAAGACCUGAAGUGGGUGCGGCAACACACCCAGAAGCCGGUUUGUCUUAAAGGUGUGAUGUCCGCCGACGAUGCAAUGCUGGCCAUGGAAGCGGGCCUGGAUGGAAUCCUGCUCAGCAACCACGGCGGCCGCAACCUCGACACCAGCCCGCCGUCGAUCAUCACCCUGCUCGAGAUCCACCGGCGAUGCCCCGAGGUAUUUGAUAAAAUGGAAGUGUAUGUGGAUAGUGGUAUCCGCCGCGGCACGGAUAUUCUCAAGGCCGUAUGUCUGGGCGCAACGGCCGUGGGCAUGGGUCGGAGCAUGCUAUUCGCGACGAACUACGGACAGGAAGGAGUGGAGCAUUUGAUUGAUAUCAUGCAAGAUGAAUUGGAGACCGCGAUGCGAAACAUCGGCAUCACAUCCUUGGACCAGGCAUCGCCCGAUUUUGUGCACACAGCAGACAUCGACCACCUCGUCCCGGCAUCCCGCUCGCACCCAUACGCUCGGGCCAUAGCUAAAGGGCGAGCAGCCAAGCUUUGA